AUGUCCAGUGAAACUGAAAAUGCACAAAAUAUGGCUCGAGGAUGGAAAGAAUUUUCCAAAGGCAUUCAGCAACGUCAAAAACCAACAAUAGUUGUCCCUUGCUCGGUCAAUGGAAUGGUAUUCUCUGCCGACCCGGGACAAUCAAAGCUGCGAAAGCUAAUUGACAUGAAGUUGCAUCCGUUCUAG